AAACAAGUCUGUAAUUCUAAAAUCAGUAAAAUCUGUAUGUUGUAUAAGAAAAAUAAAAUUGUCGGUAGGAAUAACUGAAUAAGAGGUUAUGUUCAAUAUGUUCAUUAUUUUUCUCCGAGUGUAACGUUGACAUAAUAUAUUUUUUUUUAUAAUAUACUUUGAUUAAAUUCAGUCGUUUUAACUGCGAAACCGACAUUGCUAUAUUACUUCUAGGUAAUUUUUCAGAAGAAAUCUAUGUGGACGUGGUUACGGAACAUGUGAAUAGUAAAGAUUUUAUGAUCGAAUAAUAAAUCCUUUCAGAUUUUGAUCUUGAAUUCCGGUACUUAUAUCCAAACAAAUAGUAUACUUCAAUAUUAAGUGAAAAAAAAUAUACGCAUUUUUAUUUGAAGUGUAAUUGAAAAAUACAAAUUUUUUAAAACCAGGUUGGCGUAGUGAAUUAACUAUGGAGUCACUUAUACGAAUUGUAAAUAAACUUCAGGAUGUUUUUUCUGUGUUCGGUGAACAGCAACUUACUGAUUUACCACAGAUUGUAAAUUUACCUCAAAUUGUGGUAGUAGGAACUCAAAGCUCUGGGAAAAGUUCAGUUCUGGAAAGCCUAGUGGGAAAAUCAUUUUUACCUCGAGGAACUGGUGUAGUUACCAGAGCGCCAUUAGUUAUACAAAUGAUAAGAUAUACUGAGGAAACAAAAAAAUCCAUGUUGAAGUCAGUUUAUAACAUUGAAGACAGUGAAAACAUAACAGAAUGGGUAGAAUUUCUACAUAAGCCAAAUUUAUUUUAUUUUGAUUUUGAUAUGGUACGCAAUGAAAUUGAAUGUGAAACGAACAAUCUUGCAGGAAAUAAUAAGGGCAUCACUAACAAUCAAAUUGUAUUAAGAAUUCACACUAAUCGCUAUGAUCUGACUUUUGUAGAUUUGCCAGGUAUAACAAAAGUGGCGGUUGGAGACCAACCUGAAGAUAUAGAUGAACAAAUACAGAAAUUGAUAAUUUCAUAUGUAAAGCAAUCCAAUUCAAUUAUUUUAGCAGUGGUGACUGCAAAUACAGACCCGUCAACAAGUGAAAGUCUUCAAAUAGCAAAGAAAUUGGACCCAGAUGGUAUCAGAACUAUAGCAGUGGUUACAAAAUUGGACUUAAUCGAUGAAGGAACACUUCAAGACACAAAAGAUUUACUGUGCGGUCUCAGGAUUCCAGUUAAACUAGGUAUCAUCGGAGUUGUGAAUAGAAGUCAAAAAGACAUUGUUGAAAAUAAAUCAAUGGACGCGACACUAACAUCAGAAACAGAAUUUUUAAAAACUAACUAUCCAGAUAUAUGUACGAAACACGGCAACAAAGCGUUAGCUCAUACAUUGCAGUUAGUAUUGAUAACACACAUUAAAAAAGUAUAUCCAAAGCUUAAAAUUGAACUUGAAGAAAUGAAAAAAAAAUUGGGAAAAAAACUUUUGCUACUACAUACACCAGAUAACAAAAUAUCGUUUUUAAUAGGACUUUUAAAAGAUAUUAGUAAAUCUUAUGAAGACACUAUGAAUGGAAAUCAAAACGAUGUUUCGGUUGACCAAAUUGUUGGUGGUGCGAGUAUUGCUAGAAUAAUCCAACAAAAAUAUUUAAAGACCAUAAAUGCCAUAGAACCGUUACAGGAUUUAUCAAACGAAAAUAUUGCAAAAGUAUUAUUAAAUACAUCAGGCACUAACCAAAGUACUUUUGUCAACGAAAAAGCUUUACAAAAAAUUUUAAGCCGCCAAUUAAAGAACUUGAUCGAGCCUUCAUUGGAUUGCGUUGAAUUGGUCCGCUGUGAGAUGUUAAACAUAUUGAAUUCCAUUGAUGUUAGAUUGUUGGAUACACUUAGACGAUAUCCGCUACUCAAUGAAGAUGUACGAAAAGUUUUUGAAAAGUUGCUGGAAGAAAAUGUGAAAAAUAUCAAAGAUUUUAUUGCAUCAUACAUAGAAUCUUAUCAGGAAUGUUUGAACACAGCAAAUCCAGAUUUUAUAUUGGAAAUAGUAAAAUCGAAUAAUACAAUUCAAGAAGAAAUUCUUGCUGCAGCAAAUAUAAGUAAUUGCGUUAAUGAAGAUACAUCAGAUAAUCUUUUAAACCAGCCUUGUUUCACAUUUGGACAGUCAAUUCCCCAGCCAAUUCCUGAUAAAAUGGCCCAACUCAAAAAAAUAGAAAUUAAUAGAAUACAAAUGUUGAAUCAAUUAUUAUCAGGUCUUAAUAACCAGGAAGUAUCCUUGGAAUCAUCUGAACAAGUAAAAUUACAUAGAGAUUUAAGUCAAUGUUAUUUUGAGUACAUCAGGAAAAUCGUGCGGGACUUUGUGCCUAAAAGAAUUAAACACAAAAUGAUAAAUUCGUUUUUAAAAGUCCUUGAUAAGCGUUUAAAUGAAGAAAUAUUCCAAACCUAUUUAAUUGAAAAGAAAAUUGAUGAGGUACUUUUAGAAGAUGAAACUUUUCAAAAGGACAGAAAUAAUGUUGAAACCAAGUUGGAUGCAGUAAGAAAAGCAUUAAAAAAUAUGGUUGAUAUUCAAUAUUUAUAAUUUACUCUUAAAAAAUUUAAGUUCAUUCAAUAUGAUACAGAAUGUAUAAUGAUUAAUAGACAUUUGUUUAAACAGUUUCUAAUUUAUAUUUUGUCUAUAUAACUCAUUUUUAUAAAAAUUAUUAAUUUUUUUGCUUAAUUAAAAUUUAAGACCGUUUUAUUUUAUAA